AGCCUGGGCCUUGCAGGAGUGAUGCCCCUGGUCCUGCUCUGCGCACUGCUGACGCUGCGCAUCUGUGCAGGAGCCCCCAUGGCGUGGGUGCAAGUGCAAGUGCAGACGGCGUCCACCGAGCUCCUGACCUUCACUAUCCACUGUGGGUUCCUGGGGUCCGGCUUGAUCUCCCUGGUGACUGUGAGCUGGUCAGGGCUAAACAUUACCAGAGAAACCCCGCUGGCUGUGCUGCACCCACAACUCGGAGUGCACCAGUUGGCCCCUGCCCUCCAGGCCCGCUGGUUGAAUGAAAGCAGCAUCUCCCUCACCCUGGAGGGGGCUGAGGGGCAAAGCCCCCAGGCCAACAUCACCUUCUGCUGCAAGUUUGUUACCUUCCCUGAGGGCUCCCACGUGGCCUGUGGGCAUCCUCUGGCGAGCUCAGACCAAGGGCUCCCAGCCCCAUCUCCAGCCCCUCUUCUGCAAGCUAGCUUCUUGGGGGCCUCAGGGGGCCUCCUGCUUGUCUUCGUCUUUGUCCUGCACCUCCUACGCUCACAGUGGAGGCAUUGGUCUAUCCCUCAACUUCAGUGCCACCCCCUUGCCAGGAUCCAGGACCAGAUGGCCUCCUCACCCAUCCCUGCACCCAGCAGUUUUGUCUACGUUGAGAAUGGACUCUACGUUGAGGCGGGAGCAAGGCCGCCUCACACAGCUCCGAGCCUCACCACUUCUCCCAACUGUGUGAGGGCCAUGGACAUGAAGGGAUACUUGGGAGCUUGACAGCGCAGACUACCUAACUGAAGCCCACUUGGCUGUUUCCCCUCCUGGGCCUCCUGGACCUCCUGCUGGUGUCCCUGUUCUGGGUAUCCUUGAGCCGCCAAAGAGUGUCCCCGUGCAUGUGGGCUGGGGCCCACCUGCUGUGGAUGUGGUCAGCGUGGGCGCAGGUGUGAGCGCACAGUGACAGAGG